AUGUCGCUGUCAAUAUCAAUAUCCAACGACGACGGAAAACCCUGCUUCCUCCCUGGCUCGCCCGUGCUGGGAGUCGUCAAGCUUGUUACCUACGAUGACCAACCCAUUGGCGAGCUAUCCAUCACUUUCCGGGGGCGUGCUUCCGUCCUCUUGAUCCAUUCAUAUGGCGACAUGACGACGUCACGGAAGGACUACCAGUCGGUCGGCUAUCUCUUCUCACAGCAUCUCAACCUGUACCGAGGAAAAUACACGCAUCGGAAGGGCAGUUACAUGUGGCCGUUCGCCUUCUGCAUCCCUCUCGCUGCCGCACCUCGAGCGGUAGCCCCCAACUCGACGGAUUUCUUUCAUGCAGAGCAUCCGUGGAAGAAUGAUCGUCCUCUGGGAUCGCACCCACUGCCCCCAAGUAUGAGCCACGGGGGUCGCUUUCACUGCUCCAUCAACUAUACACUGGAGGCGACGCUGGCCCAGCCGGCCCGGACGCCCCUCUCCUCAAGCAAGACGUUGACCGCCAGCAAAGAAGUGAGAGUCCAGCCAUUGCCCAGUCAGGUAGAUUGGGACAGCGAAGGCGACUGGCCAUAUUCCAACUAUCGGCACAGGCUACAGUACAUAAUGAAGGAUGUGUCGGAAAGCCCCUCUCCACGGGGGCUUUUAUCUCAUGUCAGCCAUGGUUUCUGGGGCAAAAAAUCGGACGAUCGCAAAAGACUCGAAAUAUGCAUUUCAGUUCGGGUCCCCAAACGGGUCCUCCUGACGGAACAGCCUCUCUCUCUGAUUGUAUCAGCGUCUGCCUGCUCAAUCACAAAGGGCUCUCAGCCUGAGAAUGUGUCAUUGGGCAAUCAGCUCACGAUCACACAGUUCAAGAUGUCAUUUUGGCAACAUACGCAUGUCCGUGCAGGUCGACAUCACGCCUCCUCGACCCGACGCGUCUUCGUUCGGAAAUCAUCUUCGCAUUUGGUCGUCUCCGAGACCCCGUCGCUAGGCUCGUGGCAGGAGGGACAAUCCGAGGCUCAAUCUGGCAGCUCAGUCACCGCCACAAGCCUGUCAGACAUGGUAGACCUGUCUCUCCCGACUGCAAUCCUGACCCCAGACUUUUCGACCUACAACAUCGCCCGAUCCCACUCGCUGGAGAUGACAUUCAAAAUGCAGUACCUGAACAAGAAGUUCAAGUUCUGCCCAGGGAACAUCCCGAUCAGACUCCUUCCGGCAAAAUGUGUCCCCCAGGAGGGCCCAACACUGGACACACAACUCACGAAUGUGUCGGUCAGCGAGAGUGACCUGCGAGAGGGAUGGAUGGUGUUUUCGCCAGGGGAGAAUUUGAGCACCGACGACGAUGUGGCCAAUAUCUUAUUAGAAGAGCCGCCUCCACAAUACAGAGCCUGA